AUGAGAUAUUUGUUUGGCGCACAAGAUGUAAGUGAUCUUGUGCAUAAUGGGUAUGAAGAUCUUGCUACAGAUGUGCAGAGAGCAGGUUUCAAAGAAAACAAGAAAAAAGACUGUAAAGCUCUAUUUUACAUUCAACAACCUGGAGCAUAUGGUGAAGGAAUAUAUGGUGCUUCAAGAAGUGCUCAGUUGAAUUUGGUGUAUAUGUUCAUAAUCUCCUCAGUUGAAUUUGGUGUAUAUGUUCAGAAUCUUAGUGGUGAAGAAACUAUCAUGAUAUGUCUGUAUGUUGAUGAUCUACUCGUCACUGGUAGUUCAACAUCAAAGAUUAAAAAAGUGAAAGAUAAAUUGAAGUUUGAGUUUGAAAUGACUGAUCUUGGUAAACUUUCAUUUUUCUUAGGAAUGGAGUUUGUGAAAUUGAAGACGGGGAUGGUAAUGCAUCAACAAAUGUACAUUGGUGAACCAUUGGAUAAAUUUGAGAUGAAAAGCUGCAAUUCAGUCUCAAAUCCAUCAGAAACAUACCCAAAGCUAGAUGAGUGCAGUGAAGAAGAGAAAGUUGAUUCAAUUAAUUUCAGAGAAAUAGUUGGAUCAUUGAGAUGCCUAUGCAAUAGCAAGCCAGACACUUGCUACUCAGUUAGUGUGAUUAGCAAAUUCAUGCAUGAUCCUAGGAAACCUCAUGUGAUAGUUGCUAAGAGGAUUCUUAGAUAUGUUAAAGGAACUAUGGAAUAUGGUUUGCUAUUUUCCUAUGGUAGUAAAAGUAGAAUGAAUGAGUUCAUUGGAUACUCAGAUAGUGAUUGGUGUGGAUAUUUAACUAACAUAAGAAGCACUUCAUGA